CAUUUUCUUUUCGUCGUCUGACCGGCUUGAUUUUUGGUUAAACACUUCCUUUUUGCUCGCUCAUUCGUUCGAUUUACACAACCGCCGUUCGGGGUUUCUCUGCAAAUUCUAGACGUGAAUUUUUCAACUAAAAAAUCAAAAGUUAUCUAAGCAAUCACAAUGUCCGACGAAUCGUUUUAUGGCGUUACACUUACUGGACAGGACAGCACGGUGUCAUGGGAUGUGCUUUCCAACGAUGAGGACUUCCCCCGCGGCCAAAGGCUCAUUAUCAAACAGAUCCUCUUGGGCGCUGAAGCGAAAGAGGACGAAUUUAAUGUUGUACAGGUGUACACAGUUAAGGACGCACUCCAGAUUCCUAUCGCCGUGCUAAAGGCUGGUGAAACACGCGCCGUAAAUCCUGAUGUGGAAUUUUUCGAAACAUCUGUGACAUUUAAGUUGAUCAAGGGCAAUGGACCUGUUUACAUAAUGGGCCAGAAUAUCAAGGACGACGUUGUCGACAUCGAAGAUGAAGAGACCGAUGAGGAGACUGGCGAGGAAGAGGAGGAAGAGGCUCAACCACAAAAGAAGAAGCAGAAAGUGGAAAAUAAUUCAGAUGGCAAAAAUGCUAAAAAUAAGAAGAAAUAAACGAGUUUUUAGCAGUCAGAAAACAUAAAUCCUAUACAUUCUUCAAAUUUAUAAUUCACUUUAAGCUAAAAAAACGAUGAAAAAAAAGAGUUAGAGUUCAGUUGAA